AUGGCAUCAGCAUCAAUCAGCCAAUCUGAAGGCGAAGUCUCCAGCUCAGACUCAGAAUCGAAGGCAAAGAGCAUACCAUCUUCUCGCAAUUACAGCAAAGUUGACCGUCAUACCAGACCAUAUCAAGCUUCGCAGGACUCUGUUCCUAGAUCAAAUCGAUCCCGUUCAAGAUCCCCUUACCGUGCCCCGAGAGGCGAGAAACGCCCCCGAGAAUCCGAUCAUGCAAGAGGCAGUUCCUUCAACGACUCACGCAAUCGGUCACUGAGGCACGAAACUGAUGCACAUCGCCACCGAUCUCGCAAUUCCUACGAUGACCGGAGUUCAAAACGUUCUCGUACGUAUUCUCGAAGCCGCUCCAGAAGCAGAUCACCUUAUCGCCAUGGAAGGAAAGAGGACGGUCCAAGAGACGGUCGGCUAAAUCCAGCAGGGCAUUCAACACAUAGGCUGUCAUUGUCACCCAAACCUUCAGCAAGUCCUCUCCGAAACUCGAGAACCACUCAACUGGACUCUGAUUCCACAUCUCGUAUGUUGAAGACAGAAAUAGGCCAACGAUCUGGUUCUAGUAAGGAAAUUCCUCAUUCCGCCAGCUUAGAUGCCCCAGUCGAGAUUGAUAUGACCGAAAGCAAGCCUGUAGAUGAGGCUUCAUUGAUUGAAGAGCGUCGCAAACGCCGUGAAGCUAUCAAGAACAAAUAUCGUGGCCAAGCGCCAUCGUUACUUGUACAGGCACUUCACGUGGGAGCGGACUCGACUCCUGGUACCCCGGGACCAAGUAGCCUAGCAAGUACGCCACGCAGGUCCGAAUCACCCACGCCUUCAUCCCCUCGGACACCACGAGACAUGUCUGGACCCCAGUCUCCAGCCGAUGUACAAUUCGACAACGAUGUUGAUCUUGCUAAUGGAGACAGAGCAUCACCCGGUGAGGAUGGCCCAUCAGCUGCCGACUACGAUCCUACCAAGGAUAUGGAGGACGAGCGCGCUAGGCACGAUAAAAGUUUCUUCAAAGAAGAUGACCAGUCGUUGCAGAAUGCUGAUCCCGGUGUUGGUCAGACGGAAACCGACCUAGUAGCACCCCCGGCCAAAGGUGGUGGUGAUUUUGACAUGUUCGCGGAUGACGAUGAGGACGACAUGUUUGCUGAAGCACCGAUGCAGGUCAAAACACAGGUGAAAACAGCCCAAGCUCUUGAUGUCAACCUGAUGGACAACUGGGAUGACGCAGAAGGAUAUUACAUUACAAUACUUGGUGAGCUGAUUCAAGACCGAUACCAUGUGACUCAAAACCUGGGACGUGGCAUGUUCUCUUCCGUUGUGCGCGCCACAGACUCCCAGACAAACAAUGAAGUGGCGAUCAAGAUUGUGCGCAAUAACGAGAGCAUGCGAAGGGCGGGUAUCAAGGAGAUCGACAUUUUAAAGGAUAUCGAGAGUAACGACCCAGAGGACAAAAAGCAUCUCAUUCGGCUACUUCGAUCCUUUGACCACAAAGGCCAUCUAUGCAUGGUAUUCGAGAAUCUCUCAAUGAACCUUCGAGAAGUGUUGAAGAAAUUUGGCCGGGAUGUGGGGAUCAAUAUCAAAGCGAUACGCGCUUAUGCACAGCAACUCUUCCUUGGGCUAAGUCUGUUGAAAAAGUGCCAGUACAUCCACGCCGAUCUCAAACCCGACAAUAUCCUGGUCAACGAGUCGAGGAGUGCAUUGAAGAUCUGCGAUCUUGGUUCCGCUUCACCCAUCACGGAGAAUGCAACAGCGCCUUACCUUGUCUCACGGUUCUACAGAGCACCCGAAGUAAUACUUGGAAUUCCUUAUGACUAUGGCAUCGAUAUGUGGUCGAUCGGCUGUACCCUGUUCGAACUCUACACUGGCAAGAUCCUCUUCACUGGACGUAACAAUAACGGGAUGCUGCGGGCGAUCAUGGAGUAUCGUGGCAAGUUUCCCCAUAAACUAUUGCGGCGUGGUGCCCUGACAUAUGAGUAUUUUGACGAGAUGCUCAAUUUCCAAUCUCAGGAAAUUGACAAGCUCACCGGCAGGACAGUGACCAAGAUGAUUGACAUCAAGGCGAAGCCAGUCAAGGAUUUGAGGUCCCGAUUGAUACCCAAGGACAAGAAAAUCAACGAGCAAGAGAGAAAAGAGAUGGAGUUGUUUGUCGACCUCCUAGACAAGUGCUUGGAUCUACGGCCGGAGAAGCGUAUCACACCGAUCGAUGCUUUGAAACAUCCGUUCAUAAUCAAGGCAAAGGCAUAG